AUGGGAAAUAGCCCGUCUAAAGAUGAACCCCUACCGAGAACCUCAUCCUCAUCAAAUACUAGCCAUGAUGGAAACUCAACCACCGGUACUACUGGAAGUACCGACUUAGAUCCAGAUGAGAUGGCCCUGGCGCUAUCUCAACUAAACUUACGAAAACUGCAAAGAAAUAAGCACCAGCACCACAGGGCUCCCACUAUCGUUAAAAGCGUGCACGCGACAUCUCCUGCUAUUGAAAUAAAUGACAAGGAGAAGAAACGUCGUAGCAGCAUCAACAACAACAACAACAACAACAACAGCAGCAGCAGCAGCAGCAAUAGCGAUAGCAGUCACUUUUUGAAUGUACCUGGGUCUCGACAAAGAGGAGGGGCUGCCUCAACGUCUCCCAUCAAGAACGCAACCAACAACAAACCAUCAAAUAGCAGAUCCACACAUGCAAUGGAAGAAGAUCCCCUCAACCAAAACUUUGACAUGGAGAUUGACAUAUCCAUGGCCAAACUCCUAAAGAACCAACACGAUGUAUCUUCCUCGGUGGACUCUCUGGACAUUUCCGUUGCAUCCCCCGUAUUUACCACUUCUGGCAACGACUUGAAGGAGGAGGACCUGCUCCUGUCGUCCAGUUCAAGUCCCGGCAAUUACAUCACUGCCGGUGCCACGAAAAGCUUGGCAAAUAUUGAAGGCGGGUUGGGUUCCCCAGUGGUUAACAAGUUGGAUUCAAUAGCCGAAAGCAGAUCAUUGGAAUCAUCACCCGAGCCUAAAGUGCUAUCAAAGGAUAACUUGAAGAAACUUGAGUCUGUGGCAACACCUUCAGGUGGUAGCUUGGCUGCUGCUGCUGCUGCUGCUGCUGCUGCUGCUGCUACGUCACUGCCAAUGAAGCUGCAGUCAAGUAGCUCGACCUCAUUGUCAAGCUCACCACCAUUGAUUCCCACCAACAAGAAGUUGGCCAUCGAUAUCGAUGGAGUCAUUGAACGGUUGUUGUCAACCAAGAAACGCUCCACAUCUCGUAAAUCCAAGGAUGCAUUGCGUGUUGAUACCGAAGAAAUUCAGUACAUUUUGGGCAAGAGCCGACAAAUCUUUUUAGAACAACCCAACUUGUUGCGAUUAUCACCACCCGUUAAAGUAGUUGGUGAUAUACAUGGACAAUUUCAUGAUCUCAUUCGUAUUUUCAAUUGUUGUGGAUACCCACCAUACUCAAACUACUUAUUCUUGGGCGACUAUGUUGACCGUGGAGAAAAGUCUUUGGAAACAAUCUUGCUUCUCUUGUGUUACAAGAUCAAGUACCCUGAGAAUUUCUUUAUGUUGAGAGGAAACCACGAGUCAGCAAAUAUCACCAAGAUUUAUGGAUUUUAUGACGAAUGCAAGAGAAGAUUGAAAACCCCUCGUAUGUGGAAAAAUUUCAUUGAUGUGUUUAAUACCUUGCCGGUGGCGGCCACGAUCAAUGACAAGAUUUUCUGUGUCCAUGGAGGAUUGUCACCUGAACUCGAUGAUUUAUCGCAAAUUGAAAAGAUUAAACGACCCACUGAUGUUCCCGACAAGGGAUUAUUGGCAGAUUUGUUGUGGUCCGAUCCUGACCCCCUGGUUAAAAACUUUUCUUUAACCAAUUGGCCCAAGAAUGAUCGUGGUGUUUCGUACUGUUUUGGGAAGAAACAUGUUGAUUACUUCUGCUCAAAGUUCAAAUUGGACCUUGUCGUGAGGGGCCAUAUGGUUGUUGAAGAUGGUUAUGAGUUUUUCAACAAGAGGAAACUCGUUACUGUGUUUAGUGCCCCUAAUUAUUGUGGUGAAUUUAACAAUUAUGGGGCAAUUAUGAGCGUGAAUAAGCAUUUGUAUUGUUCAUUUGAAUUGAUCAAGCCCACAUAA